AUGAGUGACAAUAAUAAUGAAAAUAAAAGCAAUCAGGAGACAGUACAAAACCGAUCACAGCCGGAAAAAAUGGCCCCGUCAAAAAUGAAACUCGGAAUUAUUUUUGGAGUUGCUUUGGUUUCCAUUUGCGCGGGAAUAACUGUUGGUGUUUUAUGGGAUUCUAUUAUUAAUAAAAUAAUUGUAAAAGAACUACCUUUGACACCAACAUCACAAAAAUAUGCCAUGUGGGAAGAAACACCUAUACCUAUGUACUUAGAAGUUUAUCUGUUUAAUUGGACAAAUCCCCAAGAUUUUUCUCUAUCUUCAAAAGUAAAACCUCACUUCAAUGAACUAGGUCCUUAUGUCUUCAGCGAAGUUGAUUAUAAAGUUAACCAAGUUUGGAAUGAUAAUGAAACGAUAACAUUCCAACAGAAACGUGUCUGGCAUUUCAUAGCGUCUAAAUCGAAUGGGUCUUUAAGUGAUAAAAUAACAAAUAUAAAUCCAGUAGCUGCCUCCAUAGGAUAUAAAUUACGGUUUAAAGGACUUUUUGCCCUACUUGCAGUCAAUAGUGUUUUAAAAAUAUUAAACGAAUCACGAACAGUUACCAAGACAGUUGGUGAAUUAUUAUUCGAUGGGUACGAUGAUGAGUUAUUGGAAUUAGUUCAUAAAUUUAAUCGAAAUAAUUCCGAGACUUACGACGGAACUUUCAACAUGCUGACAGGCGCUACAGGACUAUGGGGUACAGGAAUACUCCAGGAAUGGAAUUACAGUGAUAAAUCAAAAAAUUUUGAAAAAGAAUGCGGGUUUAUCAAUGGCACCUUAGGCGAUGCAUGGCCUACAGUUACUGAAAAUUCUUCAGUUAAUAUAUUCGCGCCUGACGUCUGUACACUUCUUAAUCUAAAUUUUAGCAAGGAAGAAGACCAUGAAGGCUUGAUAGGAAAAAAAUAUAUAUCUACAUCGACGAUGCUGGACAACGGUACCAAAGUACCCUCACGCGCUUGCUACUGUCAGGGUGUCGAGUGUCAACCCAGCGGAACGCUUAAUGUAUCAUCGUGUAAAUUUGGCGCUCCAGCGUUUAUCAGUUUACCGCAUUUUUAUCUUGCUGAUCCGAGUUAUCUGGACGCCGUCGACGGUUUAUCGCCCUCAAAAAACAAACAUGAAUUCUCUAUGCUUGUUGAACCAAACUUUGGAGUUCCGUUAAGAGUUAGCGCGCGUUUACAACUUAAUUUGUUGAUUCAACCCAUAAAACAUUUAUCAUUAUACACAAAUAUACCACGGAUUUAUAUGCCCAUUUUGUGGUUUAAACAAGAGGCUAAUUUGACAGCUAAUUAUGCGAGGCAAGUAAAGUUUAUUGCAACUCUUCCAUUGUUGGGUCACGUAACUCUUUACGGAAUCGCAUGCAUUGGAAUUUUAUUAAUGUUCGUUGGAAUUGGAGUUUAUCUCAAAAAGUUCAGAAAUUCAGACGACAAUCAACGGCUGAUUCCGAAAACAGAUGUCAAUUCUUCGACGAUUAAUUCAUGA